UUAACCUUGUCAAAGACAACAGAAGUCACUGAUAUUUAUAUGUGUCAGUGUGAGAUACGGCUCGUUGACGUGAUUGCCAUAUGGCUCCAUCACUGAAAGUUCCAUAGUUGAGCUCAGGAAUGUGGGCUGUGGCGAGGACGAAGGUUUUGGGCGGCACCUGCGGCGGUACAAUGGAAAGUGUGCUGGGCUACACCAAGCUCCCAAGUGUGUUUUCGUUCUCCAUGCCAAAGCUGGAGCUUGGUGGUGUCUCCAUUCGUCGGAGCAUGGCUACGAUGGCAGCCCAUGAGGCUACAGGUUCUUUUGUUUCAGAAACCCGACCAAGGCGAGUCUUUGCCGAUCAUGUGUUCUACAAAGGAAAGUGUGCGCUCAACAUGCGACUCAUCAAGCCGACUUUCAAGAUAUCAGAUUCUGGAGACGCGAUUCUCUCUCGAGAGGGGACUGUGAUGCUGGAGUUUGCGCCAUCCAUCUCUCAGCGUCAGUACGACUGGGGAAAAAAGCAGCUUUUCGCUCUCUCUGUGAGCGAGCUCGGACAGAUCCUUGCACUGACCCCGUCGGAAUCUCUCGAGUUCUUUCACGACCCAAACAUGGGAAAAUCUGACGCUGGAAUGGUGAGAAAGUCGCUCAAGAUCGAACCCACCACGGACAGGAAUGGAUUCUUCUUCGGUUUAACUGUGGCAAACAAGGUGGAGAAAGCCGAGGCACGACUCAACAUUCCAAUCUCAAAGGGUGAAUUUGCCAUCAUUCGCUCCGCGGCCAAUUACGCUCUCCCUUAUCUCAUGGGCUGGCACUACGCCACUGAGGUGAACGGGAUCGACGAGGCUGGCGCCAGUGGCGCCUCGGUCUCCGGCACCACCGCUCCCCGCAGCCUCGUCCAGCCUCCGUCCGACAUCGAUCCAGAGUGGGACAAGUAGAGAAGACCAAUCCCAACUCUCAAGGAAGAUGAGCUCUCUCGAAAUUUUUGCGGUUUGUAUAGUCAGUAGGCUCACGCGCGUCUAGUUAAAAGUUCCAUCUUUUUGCUCUUUGUUUCUUCCAUGAAUCAAGUCGUCAGCUCUCGCAAGAAAA